AUAUGUGGACUGGUAAAUUCAACAGCUAAUGUCAUUUAUGCAGAAGCAUCCAAUACAACUGCUACUUUGACUGCAGAUUGUACACUGAUUUCUUCUAUACUGGAUUGCUUAAUAUCUAACUUUUCUUGUGCCUUCAUGCAAGACUAUUUUAAUGGUACCUAUUGAGUGGAUAGAAUACAGACUAAUGUAUAAUAUAGUUACCAAUGUCAGUCGAAUACCACAUUAUGUAUCUGUACUUUCAUUUGAAAAUCCUCAGGUACAAUUGAUUGCUAAAUUUGCUUUCAGCUAUUUGAGUGGUAUUCAUGGUAAAAAGAGUAUGAACAACACCCUAUGCAAAACAAUUCGUGAUUGUGAUUCUAGUCAAGUCUGUAUCAAACAACAAUGUGUUGCUUCACUCACUACUUAUCAUGAAGCUUAUGGUACAGGAUUACAGUAUGAAGAAUCUACUGGUCAAGUCAAAGUGAUAGACACAACCAAAGCUACAUGGACAGAGAGCACUUGGGAUAAUCCUUCCAUGCGUAUCUUUUUGACUACCUCACAUACACAUCAAAUAGUCGAAUUCGUAAUAGGCUUAUUAUGGUUGAUCACUAGCUUUAUUUCUGUCUUUUUUGUUAAAAAGUAUCUUGUAAAGACACUCAAGACAGAAUAAACUAUACUUCACUUAAGCAAUGAUCUUGGUACGUACUU